GUCGCGAUUGUGAAUAACACUCCUUCCUCAGAUUCAGCUCUGUAGUCAAGAACAAUCGUCUGCCACAUAGAAGUCGUUUUCUUAAAGCAAGUCGGAUCUCUGCCAUGGCCUCCUCUCUGCAGAGCUUGAUUCAUGAUGAUAGCAGAUACCAGAAGUCCUUCCACCUUUUCCUGGAGCGCUCCUCUGAACAUCAGUGUAUGCAGGACUUCAUUGACAAUACACUGCCAGACAUACUGGCCAGCAUUGGAGACGGAAAGUCCCAUCUAAAUGUCAUUGGAGUUGGAAGUGGAGAUGGUGAGAUUGACCUGAAGAUGCUCUCCAAGCUUCAUCUGAGGCACCCAGGGGCGACAGUGGAUAACGAGGUGGUGGAGCCUAGCAGCCAGCAGCUACAUAACUACAAAGUCUUGGCAUCGCAGAAACCAGGUCUGGAUUACGUCACCUUCACUUGGAACAAGAUGACUUCCUCUGAGUUUGAGCAGCACUGGAAGGCGAAGAAGAUGACUAAGAAGGCUGACUUCAUUCACAUGAUACAGAUGCUGUACUAUGUAAAGGAUCCUGAAGCUACUGUCAGCUUCUUCCGUAGUCUCCUCAACAAGAAUGGGAAGCUUCUGAUCAUUCUAGUGUCUGGUGAAAGUGGUUGGGGAAAUCUUUGGCGGACUUACAGGAAUGAGCUCUGUAACACAGAAAUAAGCCAGUGUGUGACCACUAGAGACAUCAAAAGCUUCCUGGACUCUAAGGGAGUAAGCUACCAGAACUACAUGCUGCCAUCUCAAAUGGAUAUUACAGAGUGUUUCUCUGAGGGGGAUGAGAAGGGUGAGCUGCUGCUCGAUUUUCUGACUGAGGUGCUGGACUUCAGUAACACAGCCUCACCUGAGCUGAAAGCUGGUGUCUUGGAGUUACUUCGUCAUCCGGAGUGUAGUGUAGAGUCCAAUGGCAAGGUUAUUUUCAACAACAACCUGGAGGUGAUAGUCAUAAAUUAGCUUACUUAAAAACAGGUUAUUGGUAUACUGAGGUUCAUUUUUUCUCAGUGGAAUAGGACAUUUCUGUUGAAUUAGUUUCAAACUAAAUAAUGAAAUCAAAGUGUAUAUUUUGUGUAAUUGACUGUACAUAAUCACCAAGCCUUUAGCUCGGCAAAUGUGUGUUUUCUUACUUGAUCA